GCGAAAGAAGAAGAUGCAUAAACAACCAAAUUUGCCGGAAACAUUAAUAAUUUGUAUUUAUUAAAAAAGAUGCCCACCUUAAUAGCGCUGGAUGCAUCGCUAUCGAUGCUUCGUCCUGUUCCAGGACGAAAUGAGCACACCUACCAAUCGCUGGCCAUUAAGGGGAUUCAGCAUCUGCUGGACAAUCUCACGGCAGCCGGAAAACUGGAGCACCUUGCUCUGCUUUCCUACACAACUACGUCGGAGCUCAAAGUGGACUUCACUCGGGACUACGACCAGAUCCGGCAGGCGGUCAAGAAAGUGGAGCCGGUGGACAAGGCCUGUCUGAUGAGCAUGCUCAAGGCUGUGGUGUCCAUAAUGUCGCCAUGGGGCAACCAAAACAUCCUCCAAGUGGUGGUCUUUACGGACUGUGGUCUCGGCUUCGGCCAUACCUCCAUCACUGGCUUCCUGGAAGCCUAUUCCGGCAAGGAUACAGAGCCGGAGUUUAGUUUUCUAAAGACCCUAGCCAACUACAAUCUUAACUUCAUUUGUUUGGGCCUGCAUGGCGAUCACUAUUUCACCAGGGGAUUGGCGGUGUACCAGCAGCUUCUGGACAAGGUUUCACUAAAGGGACAGCUAUUCAUGACUAAGCCUACGAAAACCCCAGAGACAGUGGAAGGUAAUCCCAAUCCCAACCCGAAUCCAAGCCACAAAAGCGAACUAGGACGUACUACGGUCUUCGAGCUGAUUGAGCGUCUGUGUGAGACGAGCUAUAAGUCCUCUGAGGUGACCCUAAAGUGUGGCAGCUAUUUCCGCAUGGAAGCACCUGUUUUGCUAUGGCCACCCACAGCACCUUAUGAGCAAAAAUCGCCGGUGUUUGGCCGAGAGCCCACCAUCCGCCACAUAGAUCAGAGGAUUGAGGUGUGUGGUUUCCUAGCCCUCUCUGAUAUUGGUUCGCCGGCAACUUGGAGUCGUCAUUGGGUGCUUCCAAAAGUAGAGCGGGAAAAGAGUGCCGGGAGCCGAAGGUCUGGCAGUUUGCCGGCAGCCGCCAAGCCACCGAAACUCAAUCUGGACAUCAGCAAUCCCAACUAUGAGCUGGAAAAGCUGGAAACCGAUAUCAGAGACUUUUACGCCAAGGACCCAAAAGACACCGAGGAGAGUGGCGAUGACGAUGUAACCAUUGUUCUAAAACCCGGCCCGCAAACGGAACAACAGAAGGAAAACCUUUGCGUCCUUCUUCAUGGUGCCCUAAAAAUGGAGAACAUGGCCGCUUUGGUAAAAGUGGGCGACAAGUGGUAUGGAUUCAUAUAUGCGUUCACCGAUGGCAAAAAGAAGUCAAAUCUGAUGUUGAACAUACUGCCACCUGGCACAAAUGUUAUACCUUGGGUUGGAGAUUUGGAACUGCUAGGAUUCCCCGAGGAUCUGGCACCGGGAGAGACAGCCAGUUUUCCGGUGCGUGCCGAUCGGAGAUCCUAUUCCCAGAGCAGUGUUGUGUGGAUUCGGCAGGCAAGCCUUCAGUCAGAUGUCCAGAAAGUUUUGCGACAUGCCAAGAAGAUGCCGGAUAAGACGCAGCAUUUCUACAAGGAGCUCAAUCGAAUUCGACGGGCUGCUUUGGCCCUGGGAUUUGUGGAGUUGCUGGAGGCCUUGGCCAUGCUACUCGAGAAGGAGUGCGCACAUCUCAGUCUGAAUGGUGCCAGCAACGAGUGCACGUUGCAGUUGCAACAUGCGGCAACGGAACUACGAAAGACCUCGAAUAGAGAUAUUAAGUCCACGAUUAUACCACUGCAGAAAGUGGGGGCUUCCGAUGCUAGUAGCACAGCUGCCACCGCUCCUGCUCCUCCAUAUAUGUACUAAAAUAUAUAUUGUGUCUUUUAUGUAAGAGUUGAUGGAUUUAUUUUUGGAUCUGAUAUUGGUAUCUGCAGUUUAACGAAAGGAUGUUUUCAAUUUCCUUUUAUUCUUAUUUCAAAUAGAUAGAUACUUUAGAAUACUUUCUGACAUAAAAAAACCAUUUUAAAAGUAUGGCAUUUGUCUUUAUAAUGAUAAAUAAUAGCAUUAUAAAGAAUGUUAAAAAAUAA